CCGCCACGUGGGCGGCCGUAAAGCGCCCCGCCCCCCGAGCCUCCGCCGGCACCAUGGCCGGCUUCGCGCCGCGGGUCCAGUACUUGGCGGGCUUCCGCUGCCCGCUCGGGGGCCUGGCGGCGGGCAAGCCCCGCGUGCUGUGCCGCGGCGCCGAGAUCUUCGUGUCCACCGGGAGCGAGCUCGUCUACGUCUACGACCAGGAGGGGAAUCUGCUGACCGCCGUCUUCAGGUUUCCUGGUCGGGUGUGGCACCUGGAGCUCUCGGCCCUCGGCGGGGUGCUCUACGUGUUGUGCGCCCAGAAAGGCGUCUACUGCGUGUCGUUGGACCAGGCGAGCAGGUCUGUGAGCCAGGAUGACGGGGAUGACAGCGACAAGAAUGAUGAGGACAGUGAGGACGGCGAGCCCCCUUGCCCCGUGAUCCCCGUGGACCCAGAUGCCUGCAUCCUCCCUGACGCCACACUGUGUGCUUUCGUUGUGCUCGAUGACAUACUGGUCACUCUGGCACAGGGCCCUGCCCGGUGGAAGGUACAGCUGUUUCGGUGUCACCGUCCAGGGGAGGACGCCAGGCCCCCAGGCCAGAUCGGCGAGGUGGAGUUGUCCACUUCCAGCCCUCUGCCUGGGAGCCUUGGGGAGCCCACAGCCCCCCACUUCCUCCCAGUGCUGUGCUGUGUGUCACCACCGGGCUGCAGCGGGCUGUGUGGCCGUAUGCCGGGCUCUGGGGGCUUCACGCUGGAACGGGCCCUCUUUGGGCUGCUCUUUGGAGUUGACGCCUCCCUCUUGGAAUCACCUGUGAUCCUCUGUGGUCUCCCUGAUGGCCAGCUCUGCUGUGUGGUCUUGAAGACCCUGGUCACCUCCAGGUUGGCCCCUGGUGACCCAAAGGCCCUUGUCAAGAUUCUCCAUCACCUGGAGGAACCCGUUGUUUCCAUCGGAGCGUUGAGGACAGAGUCCUCGGGCGAGAACGUGGAGGACACAUACCCAGACUGCCUAGUGGCGCUGGGUCGCCACGGCCGGGUGCUGGCCGUCAAGGCCAGCUGGGACGAGGCGGGGGAUCUGGUGCCGGAGCUGCAGGAGUACCGGCUCCCAGGGCCUGUGCUGUGUGCAGCCUGUGGCGGAGGCAGCCGUGUGUACCACGGCACCCCCUCGGACCUCUGUGUCGUGGACCUGGCUCGGGGAGGUGCCCCCCAGGACCCCGUGCAGCCUGACAGGGGCCCGGGAAGCCUGCCCUCUCUGCUGUGUCCAGCCAGCUUAAGCGUGUGCGGCGUCGUCACGCUCUCCGUGUUGUCCGAGGUGCCUGAAGGUGGCACCAGGCUCCUGGCCCUGUCUGCCAGGGGCCGCCUGAUGACCUGUAGCCUGGACCUGAGCUCCGAGGCGCCCUGCCCCACCAGAGCGACAGUGGUGAACGCCGGCCGGAAAAUUAAGGAGCUGCUCUCUGGAAUCGGCACCGUCUCUGAGAGGGUGUCUUCUCUGAAGAAGGCAGUUGACCAGCGCAACCGGGCCCUCGUGUGCCUCAACGAAGCCGUGAACGUGAGCUGCGUCCUGCUGGCGAGCCGCGAGGGCCCCGGGCCCAUCUCGUGUACCACUGCCACCGCCUGGAGCCGCGCGCAGCUGCAGGACGUGCUGACGGCCACCUGCCGGCUACAGAACGGCAGCAGCUUCAGGCUGGACCGGGGCUGGACUUGGUGUGUGCAGGUGCGAACCCGCUCCCGCGCCUCAGCCCCAGACUCGGCCGGCUCGGCCACCACCUACGCCAUCCCCGUGGACCGGCUGGGCCCCGGCGACCGGCGGGAGGUGACGCUGCCCCUGGGUCCCGGCGAGGACGGCGCGCCGGACCUGCCUGUGACGGUGUCCUGUGCGCUCCACUACAGCCUCAGGGAGGUUGUGGGCGGGGCCCUCGCCCCCCCAGACUCUCCCGAGGACCCCUCCUUGGAAGGGUGCCCCCCCGACACGUUGCCUGAGCAAGACGGCGUCUGCCUGCCCCUGAGCGAGCACACCGUGGACGUGCUGCAGUGCCUGCGCUUUCCCGGACUGGCCGCGCCCCCCACGCAGGCCCCCAGCCCGCGCAGCCCCGCCGGCGACCCCGUGGACACCUUCUUGGGAGCGCGCCUCGGGCCGGGCAGUGAGCCGGACGGACCCGCUUCCCUGCAGGCCAAGUUCCUGCCCCCGUCGGUGGCCACCAUCAAGGUGUCAGCAGGGCUUCUGAGGGCCGCCCUGGGGGACGGUCGGCCAGGCGUGUCCCUGGGCUGUACCACCCUGCAGUGGCUGCUUGCCGAGAACAGCGCCCUGGACGUCGUGAGGGCCCGGCUGCUGUCCUCCGUCCGGGGAGUGGCCCCCGAUGGCACUGACCUCCACCUUGUCGUCCGAGAGGUGACAGUGACCCACCUGUGCGCGGCAGGGCCCAUGCAGGCCGUGGAGAUCCAAGUGGAGAGCUCCUCUCUGGCCAAUCUGUGCCAGGCACACCAUGCUGUCAUUGGGCGUCUACAGAGGAUGGUUGUGGAACAGGCUGCCCAGAGCUCCAGCCCACCCGACCUCCGUGUUCAGUAUCUCCACCAGAUCCAGGUCAACCACGAGACGCUGCUGCGGGAGGUGCAGACCCUGCGGGACCGGCUGAGCACAGACGAUGAGGCCAGCUCACGGACCACGGCGGAGCGGCUCCUGCAGGUGAUGGAACGCCACGCUGAGCACCAGGUGUCCCUCAGCCGUCUCUGUUGCUUGUGGUUCUCCGUCCCCCGCGCGCGGCUCCGAGCCACCAGAGACUGUCCUCCACCCGCUCCAGCCUGUUUCUCGGACUGGGGGUGCCGAGGCACCCUUAUGGCGACCCCAGCUGGCCCCUCCCGGUGA